UACAUCCAGGAGUACGAAGGCAUGGAGAUCUUGAACGUAAAAUAUUCUGACUCAAUGACGUUUCAAUGUCGAGCCCAUAACAUAUUCGGUACGGUUGAGAAAUACAUCAAGCUCAUUGUCACUGACAAAGUGACAGCUUUGGUUUCACCAUCUCAGCCAUCAGUCAUUGGCGGGCCAACUACAAACAUCGAUAUCGUCUGCUCAUGGACGGGAACACCGCCGCCAAAUGUAACAUGGAGUCAUAUACUUCCCGGUGGAAAAACAAUUCCUGUAACGGCAGGGACCACCCUGUCAGCAAAUACAAACACAAGCACCCUGCAUGUGACGGGGGCUGGAGCGCUGGACUCCGGGCUUUACCAGUGUACUGUCACUAAUGGACUAGAAACGCAGACCAGUACAGCCAACUUGACCGUCCAAUCAAAGCCGGGAAUACUUACAGGCCCACUUACCCAAACUGUGCAGGCUGGUCAAACUAUCGUUCUCCGAUGUGACGUCGUAGCCACGCCGCCAGCUAGUGUAGUAUGGACCUACCCGCAUACGGGGACAGCCCCUCCUAAAGACGUACUUGUAAACCCAGACGGCUCUAUCACCAUUCAGAACAUCAAUGACUUCAAUCAGGGCACCUACACUUGCUCAGCUACAAACGGUCUCGGGACCACGACCGCAACUGGACAGGUCAACGUUAUAUCUCCGGUAACGGUUAGCGUCACUCCAAAUGAACUUCCUGUACACGCGGGAGAUACUUUCACACAAAUCACCUGUUCCGGAACAGGAGAUCCAAAUCCGACACUGACUUGGACCAACGAAAAUGGUGUACCUGUGACGUCUAGCGGCGGGAAAUUCCUGUUACUAGGCAACGGUGGUCUAAUUAUAACCAACGUCGAUCCGGACAGUGAUUCCGGAGUGUAUAUCUGUACCGGAAACAACGGCAAAGAGACAGCCACGGCGCAGACCAUAGUGUAUCACGACCUCGGAGCACUUAGCUGUACUACAACAUUUGCUGACUGUUCAACAAAUAUAGGGAGAGCGUGUGGCGGAUACUGUCCAGGAAAUUGUGGCACGCAAGGUGGCGCUGUAUAUGGUUACAAACAAUAUACACUUCAAUCCGUAGUGUGCUUAUCAGCAAGGCAUUCGGGAACAACAGGAAAUGACGUCAUUUGGCAAAUAAAACAAGGUGGCAACACAUUCGAGGGUAAAUUAAGCAAUGGAAUCCUUAGCCAAUAUUCCGGUCCUCUAGCAGAAACAGCACAAAUCUGGGAGGGGCCAACCGGCCCCGCCCGGCCAGCCAACGCACCUGUAUUAGGAUGA